CACCAGCCCAACCAAGGCGAUUACGUGCAGCCGUGCAUGAGUAAAAGGCCGGGAAAGCGCGCGUCUGACCCGCAACUCGCCAAUGUAGAUAAGACUGGACUCAUCAACUGGUCCGCCUCGCCCAGAAAGAGGAAUCUCGCACAACCAUUGGUGAUCCCAAGCCUCAAACCACACCACGGUGACCACACUUGCUUUCUCUUUCGAACACACCACACGCCACAUACCACAUUCUCUUACUUUUUUCCUUCCACCUUUCGGAAAUGCAAAUCCUCAUCCUUGGCGCAACCGGCCGCACCGGCAGCCUGGUGCUACUCGAGGCGCUGAGGCGUGGCCACAGCGUCACGGCGCUCGUUCGCACACCCCCUGCCCUCGACACUGUCACUUCGGCACUGCCUGACGCGCAGAAGGCCAAUCUGACUGUCGUCCGUGGGUCGCCCCUCGACACCUCGGACGUGUCCAACGCCGUCAACACGGCAUCCAAAGCAAACACGCAGCUCGUGGUAAUAUCGGCACUCAACUCGCGCCGCACAUCGGAGAGCCCCUGGGCGCCGCCGCACCCUACCGACUCGCCGCCGCGCAUGAUGGCCGACAGCGUCGCCAAUGUGCUGUCUGCGCUCAAGUCGCAGGCUGAGAGUGCGGGCGCCUUCCCCAAGCCCAAGGUGAUCCAUGUCUCGGCCAUUGGUGUCGGCGUGUCGACGGCCAAUGCGCCGUGGCUGCUGCGCACCUUGAUCUCGCGCACAAACGUCAAGCUCACGUACGAUGACCACGCCGCCGUCGAGGACGAGCUCAAAGCCGCCGGCGAGGGCGUCGGCUGGGUCGUGCUACGACCUGCGCGUCUUACCGAUGAUGUCGGCUCUUCGCCUAGGGUGUGGUCUGCCGAAAAAGGUUCGAUUGGCAUGCUUGGCAAGUGCUCCAGAGGAGCUGUGGCCAAGUUUGCUCUGGAUGCUGCCGAAGGAAGCGAGUGGGAUGGGAAGGAUCCCAUCAUUCUGAGCUGAGAUCCUCGCCCCCACCACACAUACUUGGAUUACCGUUGGACCCAGCAGUCCUCCGGGUCUUGUUCCGUAGAUCAGUUGGGCCGUGUUGGCGCAGAGGGGGAGUCUCGCCACGCCACGUCAUUGCGUCUGUUUUUGUGUGCCUCUGCACUUCGUUAUUGCCUCUUGUUCUUCCCUUCUGAUUAGAUACCACGCAAGCUAUUCGGAGUCUUGAUUUGCGAUAUUAGUCACCACUGGUUUUUACCGACCGACUGUCGUGGAACCCGCCUGCUAGACUUUUCCGGUCAAGUGAUCGAUUCUGCCGUUAACCUUUAGACUGAUGCGAAUGUUUGUGGCAGCCCGGUCUGUAGUAGGUAAACGUAUUUGUUCCGUUCCAGGACAGCGAUGUAACCCCGUUCAGAACGCGGGGUCAUCCGCUACCUUUCCUAACUAGGCUAGUGAUGAGU